UUUUGUUAUCUUUUGUCUUUUCUUUUUACCUAAUCGAAAAAAAACAGUCUUUCUACUGGCGGAAUAUGAAUCGACUUUUGUGCAGAAGGACCCCACUCUGUGGGAAGUUCAGUGACUGGACAAUACAAAAGAUCACCCCUUCACUUGGAUAUCCGAAGCUCGGUUCUCCUUUCUUUUCUUCUUCUUUUGGUCGAACUUAUUCUACCAUGUCUCCUAGUGUAUUGACUGUUGGUACUGGUGCUAUUGGUGCCAUUUAUAGUUGGCGGCUAUCGAAAUCUGCCCAAGUGACAACUGUCUGUCGUUCCAAUUAUUCGGUUGUCAAUGAUAAUGGUUUCUCUAUUAACUCUGUCAAGUUUGGUCAAGAGAACUUCAAACCUCAUCAUGUGGUCAAGACAGUAUCCGAAGCAGUAGAAGCCAAUAAUGGAGCUCCUUUUGAUUAUGUCUUGGUGACUAUGAAAGCAUUACCCGAAGUAUAUAAUGUGGCAGACAUUAUUGCUCCAGCAGUAACUCCUGGUCAAACUACCAUUGUUCUCAUUCAAAAUGGUCUAGGCGUGGAAGAACCUAUUGUUGAAAACUUCCCAGAUAAUCCUUUGGUUUCUAUUGUUGCUUAUAUUGGUACCUCUCAAACAAGUCCAGGUCAUAUCAGUAUGGUGGGCAAAGAAUCCUUGGCAGUUGGUACUUAUUUACCUUCCAAGGUGGAUAGCUCUAUACAAAAACAAUCCUUUAUUGAUCUUUUACUUCAAGGUGGUGUGGAUGCCAUGGCUUUGGAUGAUAUAGAACGUAUACGUUGGCAAAAAUUGUUUUGGAAUGCCUCUUUUUCACCAGUGUGUGCCUUGACAGGAAUGAAUACGUCCGAAUUAUUGGCAAACAAGGAAGCUUUAACCAGUGUCAAAAGUGUCAUGAAGGAAGUCAUUUUAGCAGCCAACGCUAUGGGAUAUGAUUUUGAUGUGGAUGAACAAGUGAAAGACAUGAUUGAACGUACUGAAGCCACAGCUAUGAAUUACAAGCCUUCUAUGCAACUUGAUCUUGAAAGAAAACAACCCAUGGAAGUUGAAGUGAUUCUAGGUACUCCUUUACGACGGGCCAAAGCAAAAGGGUUACAUGUACCUCAUUUGGAACUCAUGCAUGAUCUCUUGAGUGCCACUAACGCCAAAACUAUGAUAGAUCGCAAAUCACAAUUAUAGAUGUCUUUUUAAUAAAGUGUUUUUAUUUAUUUAU